AUGAAGAUGAAGGAUGGAAGCCUCACCAACAAGGACCUAAGGGGCCCCUCCAUCACUACGGUCUUCUACAUGAACACGAAAGUCAACAGGCAAAAUCCCAUUUCCUCCCAGAAUGAACAGGAAGCUUCCCCGACCUGCACUCCCACUUUUCUAGGGGGGAGACUCCAUUUUGACUGUGGGGUGCCACCGCUCCCAGACAGGAAACCAGCAGAACACGUGUACAUGGGGCUGGCCGGGCGGCCCGGAGCCGCAGUUCCCGUUACCUUCGAUCGCCUGCCCCCCCCGCUGCUUCUCGCGGCCGCAUUGGGGGGCUGCGGCGGCGCUGGACUCGCGGGGGCCCCCGCCGCCGGGUCGCGCCGUCUCCCCGCCGAGCUGCACCGACCGCGGCCGGAACACCCGGCUCCAGCGCCCGGCGCCCGCCCGGGGUCGGCGGCUCGGCUCCCACCCGGGCCCGGAGUCCUGCUGGGUCCUAGCGCUCGCCGCCGGGGCCGCGGCCCGCUCUGCAGCCUGCACGUACGGCGGGGCGGCCGGGGAGCGGUGGGGGGGGAGCCCCGGGAAAGCACGGGCGGGAAAGCCGAGCCGCCGUGGGUGCGGAGAAAGGGGAAGCUCAGUGCCGACGCCUGGGUACGCGGAGACGGACGCCGGCUCCCGCCGGACUCCCAGAAGACAGAUGCUGGGAUCUGCAGCCCGGGCGGAGAGCACGAGCGUGGCCCGGAGGUUUGCUCCGUGCACCUGUGGUAUAGAGUGCGCUCCCAGAAGGGGGAAGCUGCUACCUUGCUGGGAGUUCGCCACACCAGGGUUCCCCGCCCCGGCCCCGCCCCAACUCCCCACAUCUACCCUCCUCCUGGCUCUCUGCAACUUUUGGGUUUACUGCGGCCCACCUGGAAAGAACAGAAAACGUCCCUUCGAAAAGUGUCUGUUUGCCCUCGCCUUUCCAGUGAUGGCUACCUAAAUGUAACGGAAGAUUUUUAAAUAUUAUUAAUUAAACAUCACCGCUACCUCUU